GCACCACCACUCGUACUACUCCAGCACCACCACUCGUACUACAUUCCAGUACCUCCGGCCCGCUAGCACUUCCAAGUAAAGCUAGCACUUCAGUACCUUGUACUACGCCCAGUGCCUCGCAUUCUACUUCAGAAUCUCACCAUGGCUAUCGACCUGAACCAUUUCAGUGCCCAGCAGCAGAUCCAGAAGUACAAGCUCAACGAAUCCACCUUCGAUAUCAUCGAUGUCGACUCCUUCCACAACGUACGUGCCAAGACGGUGCUCGCCUACUUGUGGGAGUGGUUCCUCAUGAUCCUUUCGUGGGUGUUGUUGGGCACAGACAUCUACACCUGUCUAAGCAUCUUGGUAUUCCACCACUGGUCGUCCAAGGAGUACCAGCCCUACGAGUACUCCGUCGCUAAGUGGAUCUUCACAGGCUGUAUCAUCUUCGAGUUCUGCUUGCUCCUCUACCACUGGAUCUGGGCCAUCCACACCUACAGAACCCGCAACAUUGCUUUGAACUACGUUAACAGCAUCGCCAAAAACAUGUACACUGUUCGUUCCUACAACUACUUCUGUCUUUUCCACCUGAUUGAACGCGUGGACCACUUCGACUGGUCUUGCUUCUACUGCUUGGAGCAGAUGGACCAGGCUCUCCAGAUCUUGAUUGCAGACGCCCCUCGUCAAGUGAUCAACUUCUUGACCUUGCGGUACUACGCCACGGGAGGCGAGAAGGACAACAACAUCUUGGGCAACAUCGAGCACAUUGCCACCACCAACUUGACGCUUUCCAUCAUCUUAUCGUUCAUGUGUGUUUCCGUGGUGAUUUUCGCCUUUUUCUUCCUCAAGUUCUUGUACGGAGUGAUUUUGUUCCUUCCCAUCAAGUCCAAGUUGAGAAAGAAGGGCCACAAGUCUCUCAAGAAGUACUGCUGUAAGGUAGUCAACGACACCGUUAAGAUGUUGGUGAUUAAGCACCACAAGUCCAAGAGAGAGUUGUUGGACAAGGGCAUCUUGGACACGAAGGACAUCGAGAUGAACCCAUUGCUCAACUCCUCGACCACCACCUUCAAGAACAUGAGUUCUGACAACCUCAGUUCCAACUCGGACCCCGUCAAAUUCUCCCACAACCUCAAAAAGCCGGCUCCUGCCCAUAACUUGACCAACAAGAGUACCUUUGCUUACAAUGACAAUGGCAAGCUCUACGGCCUUGUAAAUGGCGAUAACGGAUCCCACGAGACCUUGGUGAGAUAUGAUGGUGGCCAUAACCCAUUUGCGGACCCAAUGGAGUCCCACGGCAAAAGAUCCGAGUCCUUGUCUUCACUUACCCACCCUGGAAACGACCCUAGCACCUCAGCCAUAUCAGUGGCUGGUAAUAGAAACAUCCAUAGAAAGAAUCCACCUCCCUUCAACAAUCCAUUUGUCAAUGAAAACUCGCCGCAAACCUCCUUGGUGGACCAGAACACUUCCUACAAUCCCUUCGAGGCUUCGUCCUACAACGACCUGUACAAGUCAACGCUCUCGGCAUCCAACCAUCACAACCGUAACCCUGGCCCACCACCAAGAUCGGGUUCGCAGAGCUCUUUAUCUUAUGGACCAAUGCCUUUUUCCCAGCAGAAAGUCACUCCUUCUCAUACUAUGCCAGAGCGUGCACUUCACCAUGCUUCAUCCAAAUCUUCCUUAGUCAGUCAUUCCCGUCCUCACAACUUGCCAAGAUCAGCUACUGCCCAUGACCAUCAGAAGCGAAAGGCACCAGAACCCAUUUAUGAACAAGACGAUAGCCAAGUGUAUUCUUCCUCCCAGCACGGCCACUAUGAGCCCCAAAGACCGUAUGAGUUCCAGGAAUAUGCACCAAACGCCGAGUAUGCUCGGCAGUCUAACGAAUCUGCUCACAUCGAGCGGAACCACAGCACUUCUUCAGAGGGUUCAGUCAACUACAAUAAUAACAACGAAUCCACAACUGGCUUGUUAAUUGAUAACUUCAACAGUCCUCAUGCCACGAGAAAGUAUCUGGAGCCGGAGAGUAAUUUGUCUGUGCCUUAUCCUAUGCACGACACACGGAAUGAUACCGAGAACACCCCUUACCCUGUACGUGGAGUGUCCGUGUAUGAAGAGGAUUUUAGCUUCAAUGAUGAUUCUGCAAAUCGGUACAGAAAUAGGCAUUCUUAAUGAUAAUUUUUAGUGUAAUAUAUACGAGUCAGGAUGUUCGGAUUCUGGCGAAAUAAUUGGAACGAUAUAGUCCCCGUUGUUGCGAUAUUCUGACGAAUGGAGAAAAGGAAAUGUAAUAUGUCUUGGUAAGACUGUAU